AAUUCUUUUUUCUCAUCACAAUUUAGAGAUCAGUUGUGCGUUUAAUUUUGAAGAUUUUUUUUCUUUCUGCAAUUUAAUAAAAUGACAAAUUGUAAUGUUUGUAACAAUGAAGCAAAACAAAAAUGUUCUGGUUGUUCGCAAGUCUUCUAUUGCUCGAAGGAUUGUCAGGUUUCUGAUUGGAAACGUGGGCACAAAAAUUCAUGUAAACCAUACGAGGUGAAACGAAAUGAUAAAUUGGGUCGAUACAUGACAGCAUCGAGGGAUUUGAAAGCUGGUGAAGUUUUAUUUCGAGAAUUUGCUGUUGUUCAUGGACCGAAAAUGCUUUCCCAUCCUAUCUGCCUCGGAUGUCACAAAACUUUGAUUGCAAAAGCACCAAAAAUGAAAUUUUAUCGAUGUUCUCAAUGUUCAUGGCCGCUUUGCUCGAAAGCAUGUGAAACUCUUGAUCCACAUAUAGAAGAAUGUAAACUCAUGACAUCAAAGAACUAUAAGUGCGCAAUCAAAUCAAAUUGUACCACAAUACAUUCAGAUGCAAUUUACUGCCUGAUUUUUCCUCUAAGGUUUUUACUGUUGAAACGAAACCAACCAAAAAUAUUCGAAAAAAUACUUUUGGAACUGGAGAGCCAUGUAGAUACAAGAAUCGCUUCAGGCAGCUAUGAAACUCUGAGACUGCAUCUCGUUCCAUUCGUGCAGAAACUUUUAGGUGAAAAAGAUUUCCCAGAGAGAUUGGUUUUGCCGGCAGCCGCAAUAUUGGACAACAAUUGCUUUGAGAUUUCAAUGCCUCUACGUGGCGUUGAGAUGGGUGGAUUAUUUUUGCAAAGCUUGAUACUUUGUCAUGACUGUGUGCCAAAUACUAAGCACUACGUUAAUUAUCUUGACUCUGACAUUGACAUACAACAUUACCAAAUGACCUUUCAAACUACAGUGCCUGUUAGGAAGGGAGAACAGCUUACAACGACAUACACAAAUACUUUAAAGACAACACUUGAACGAAGGCGACACCUCAAGCAAACAAAAAUAUUCGAGUGUGACUGCAAACGUUGCCAAGAUCCGUCAGAGUUCCUAACUUAUGGAAGUUCGUGGAAUUGUCAGAAAUGUUUCGGACGAGUAGUUGCAAAAAAUCCUUUGAACAACUUUUCCGACUGGCAAUGUGAAAAUUGUAAAUUGCAUUAUAGUCGAGAGGAAAUAACUUCAAAGCUGAAUUGCUUGCAGAGCCAAUUAAAUAGUUUUGUGAGAAAAAAUCCCAACCAACUAGAAGAAUUUUUAGCUGAGCAUUCAAAGUGCAUACAUAGCGACCAUUUGACGAUGGUAGAAAUAAAAUAUAUGUUGUGUCUGAUGUAUGGCAAUGUCGGAGGAUAUCACUACAAAGAUCUCUCGGAAAGUUUGCUUCAUCGAAAAAUUGAAUUGUGCAAAAAUUUGAUUAAAGUUUAUAAUGAAAUUGAUCCAGGAGAAGCUAACCAAAGGACGAAUGUCAUGUUUGAACUCAAUUGUGCAUUAAUUGUAGAUACAAAGGCCAAAUUUAAUUGCAAUUCUAUUGAGAGAAAAAAGGCAGUGGAUAUUAUCGAUGAUUGUUUGAAGAUAAUCAAAACCUGCUACAAUAUCUUGAUUAAGGAAACCGAAAACAAGGGAAUCAUGGAUAAUCGAUUGGAGAAGAUAAUUAAUGAAAGCUUCCUUUGAUGUUUCUUAGAAUAAAUACAAACUCCGAAAUUAUACUAAAAUGUUAACUUAUCAUCAAUAUGAGUCAUUAAAUAUUUUAUUAAAUUGUGUAACAAUGAAGACAACUUAAUAAAUCUAUUAUGAAGGAAUGCCG